GGCUCGAACCCGUUUGGCUCCAUGUAUGUCGGCUCCAGGGCGAGUUGACAUUUCGUCAUGGGUUAUUCGACAGGUGAUGACAUGAAGUUCCCCUGGGAUGGGCCUCACAAUCCCCAUCGAAAUCCGUGUUGGCUGAGCGGGUUUUCGUUCGAACUCUGUUGUCGGAACCAUGAAGGGCGAGUGAUACCUCCAGGCAAUCUGCAGUGUUGGGAGGGCAAGUAUUCUUGGACCGUCUGUUGUGAAGGAGAAGCAGAACUUCGGGAAUCAGAACCGAUCUCGCAGUCGUGUCCGAGCAAUGGAUCCUCAACGCAGCGUGCUCGUUCCAAGGGUUCUGCUUGUGAGAGCUCGCCGAGGGUGCUAGAGUCGCGCUUCGUAGACGCGGAGGUAGUGGUCGAGACAAAUCUGCGUUGUCUACGAGCAUUCCAAGAGGACUACGUAAGCUACAUGCGUCAUUCCAGUCCCUCGGUGGUGCUCACCUCGACGGAACGACUAGGAGAUCCGCAGGGAUGUUUCUCUUUUGGGUUCCGCUACUUCUGGGUUGUCACGAACCAGAUGCACAUUGGCUUUUGCGUUCCGCAGGCCUGCGACCUGAACAAGCACAUCCUCGCUUUGGACACCCUGGUCGUCGUGUGGAUGAUGAGCUUGGAGGAUCGGCGCAUUGGCUGCUUUAAGCAGAUGAGGGACAUGGGCAUGCUGCAGAGAUUCCCGAAUACGUACGUUCGAAGACCGACGGACCAAGAACAGAUAGUACUGCGGGGUUGUGAACGACCGUGGAGACACUAUUUUCCCACGCGGGACACAGCCGAUCUUGUGUCGUUUCUGCGGGAGAACGACCAGGAGAUUCGAGAUCGAUUGGCCGACCUGCACGAGCUGAAGGUCACGGAGUACAAAGACGAGAUAUCUUGGCAGCCACAUCAGUUACCAGAGUUUCUUAUUUUAUGGGUUGGCAUUCCUGUUCUGUGUACAGCUUGCCUGCUUCUCCGCAGGCUUUCGUUGUCGCUGUGGCGGAAUACUGUAGGCUGUCGGGCCACUUUGACUUCGGCCCCCCGAGCGCGAGCCGGAUGCGGGCUGGCUGUUCUAGGGGAUGUUGCACAGAAGUGGGUCCUCAGACCGUUUUCGUUACAGGAGGCAUGGAACGCAUUCAUUGCACCUGGCAGUGAUAUGAAUUUGGGAGUAUGCCGUUUGCGGGUUUGCAUGUGCUUGGCAGUUAUUUUUCUGCAUACUGCGGAGGCUUUCCAGUGGGAGUGUAGUGACGCAUGGGGUCCAUUUCUUGAGCGCGGACACUGGUGGAUCUAUGGACUUGCCCAUUGCUUGCACCGUGUGAACACCCUGUUCACAGCCUUAUCAUCCUGCCUCAUGCUGGAGAGUAUUCACAGAGACAAGCCCUCUACGCGUGCUGGUGGUAAGUAUCAACACCAGCCCCGAUUUGAGGCAGUGACAGAGGCGUUGACGGCUUUCGUGCGCCAGGCAUUACUGAGAUGGUCCCGGCAGACCCCGUUGAUGCUAUUUUAUUGUUGGUGCGUCAUCCGCGUAGUAGGUUAUCCUGGCACCGUCCCUUUUCGACCCAUGUCGACUACAGGAGUGUGGUACGAUCAUCGGCCGAAGGUCUGUGGAAGAUCAUACAGGUGGUUGUCCUCAAGUUUCUUCGUUCACAGCCUGCACUCGGGCAAAUUUCAUGCGGAGUCGGUUUGCCACAACACUGCAAUCUUCGAGGCCGAGUUUCAGGUCACGAUGUGUUGUGCGGCGCUCGUCCUUGCAGGUAAUCUACUGCAUAAGUUCGGGUAUACGAUGUCUGGUUCCAAGACGUCCUUCUGGUGGGCACAGCUCACGGUUCUAAUAGGCAUGCUGUGCUGUCAGUGUGCAGAAGUGAUGCGGUUCAACACGUCCAGCGAGCGUGUCCGUUGGUCAGAGGAUCCGGCUUUAGAGAGGUCUGCUCGCACACUUCCUUAUUGGUCGGCGGAUUUGUUGUGCGUGCCCUUGCUAAUAUUGAUGUUCGACAUGUUGCGUCCACCUCCAGGGUUCGCGCCGCAGCGAGCAGUUCUGAGUUGGCGGUCUGUGUUGUUCACACCAAGUUGCGUUUGGGCAUCUGUUGCUGGCGCUCUCGUUCUCAUCAUUGACUUUAGUGUCUUCGUCGUUGGGAAGUAUCCCCUUUUUGCCGAGUAUUCUUUGCACGUUGGUGGUGGAUAUUGCAGCGGCUUCUUUGUAGUCCUCAGCAAAGUCGGUUCUUACGUGAACAGCGCCCUCAGAGAUCGUUACUUGUUUGGCGAGGCGGUAUUGUUGGACUUCGCUCUUGAUUUCCCCGCAACGUUCGGACUGUGGCAUUUGAUUCGCAAUCUUCUUGAGACAGAUCGAAUUCGCAAUGGAGUGAACGUCUUUCAGAGCGCAGACAGCGAUGGCGAUGGGGGGGUCAAACACGACUCCAGGGGGCGACGCAGGGCAUCCCGUCAUCCCCGGUCGAUGCCGGCCGAAAAUAUCAAAACGAUUACGUUUUGGAGGACAUGCGUUGCGGUCUAAAUGCAACGCUGGUGAUCUGGAGCAGGGUGGCGUUCGGGAUGAACUUGAGCAACAUAUUCGUCCUUCAUUUUCUGGUCGGGUACGCGACGCGCGGGACAGCCGACUUCUCCCUGCUUGGGUUCCUGCAGCUUUUCUGCACCACGGUGUUCCUCGCUGCUGCCCUGAGCGUGUUCACGUUCCUGUUUGUGGAGAUGCCGUGGCGCUCGGCGUUCAGGCCGCUGAUCCGCCUUCUGGGGCCGUCCCCCGACAAGCCUUCGACAGCGCACUGUGGCGAGAGCAAAC